GCGCGUUAGUCUGCUGACUCAGCAGUGCUGAGCAGACUCUGCUCCCCGCCUCCCGCGCAGCAGCCGCCUGUCGACUCCAUCCAAUUAAAAAGAACGCUUUGGGUCUCAGAUCUCAUUUCUCCUUUAUCCUUCCAGUGGCUCAAACCCAAACGGAAAAAUGCAGGUUGGUCGACUCGCUGACGACGACUUUCAUCGAUUUCGUGGGGCCCACACGGCCAUCGCUCCUGUGGCUUCCUACCAGGCUCUCACGAGGGCGAAUACUAAGAUGGUGCCUGCAGACGAGAUCCGCCUUAAUGUGUUCCAGUGCUGCAGGUUGUGCGGGCUCCCUGUGCGCCAGACUACAGCCAAGACGGCCAGCACUCUGUGCCAAGGCUGCGUUCGCAGCGAGCUGCGCCGUAAGAGCAGCUUGGAAGACAGCCGGCUUCCUUCUCCGAUGAAUGGCAAGUCUAAUUUCGCGACUGACCGUCUCGUGCAUCCAUCCUGGACGGUGCAGAGCGCUCCGGAGGCUACUUGCCAAUACCAGACGAACUCGACGUUCCACGUUGAGGCGGACACGGAUUCCUUCCGCAACAUUGAAGUGCUGACAUGCUUCCGAUCAGAAGUGCGCCGCGGACUGCGACUACUGUCAAAGGUGGCGACUGCCGAGGAGUGGCACAUGUGUUGGGCGAUCCUUGUGUCGAUGUGUCUGGUACCGUUAUUUUUGUUGCUCAUUGUGAUGGCUGGUAUGGGUUUCCUCGUGCUGUCCACGGGGGCGGCCAUCGCCGCCGCUGUUGUGUACCCGCUGGCGUACAUCAACCCGAGACUGUUCAGAUUCGCCAUGAACUCGUAG